CGAUGCGAUAACGACAGCACGUGUUUGAGGUUAUGUUAUGUUAUGAUUUGGAAAAAAGUUUUCACAAAACGCAAUAAUUUCGUCGCGCUUACCGCCACCGCGGCCCAAAAUCCGGGAUUCGCGUCGACAUUGUCGUUGUGUCGUACUAGUUCCUCGUUUCGUCUCGAUUCCCAGAAAAUGGAUUCGAAGAGUCUAAAGGAUCGACCGCUGUUCGCCGUCGUCGGGUGCACGGGCACAGGGAAAACGAAACUCGGUGUGAAGCUAGCUCAGGAGCUGGGUGGCGAAGUUGUGUCGGCCGAUUCCAUCCAAGUCUAUAAAGGUCUUGAUGUGGCCACCAAUAAGGCUACUAGUGAAGAGAUGGACGGAGUCCCGCACCAUAUGAUGGGCACGGUGGAUUGGCGCGACGAGUGUAACGUACACCAGUACAGAAAUGAAGCUCUAAAAAUUAUACAAGAUAUAUUCUCUAGGGGAAAUGUUCCGGUGGUGGUCGGUGGCACAUCGUACUACAUUGAAUCGAUUAUCUACGACAACCUGGUACAGGUAUCCGCUGACGGUGAACCGGAGCCGGAUGUGGCGGACGACGAAGACGAGCAGGACGACGACGAGCAGGACGAUGACGGCGACGACUUGUCCGUGGGCGCUUUUCGCGAGUACGCCGUGUUCCGAAACGUUAACGACGUCCCGACGGCCGACACGGUGGCCGGGGCCAAACGCAUGUACGCAGACGCGUUGGCCGAGGCGGUCAGGUUCGCUCAAACCAUGGCGGCUGUCGGCCGGUUGCCAUUCCGGCGGUACAGAAACACGUUCGUCGGCGUAGACUCGCGGGUACCGGAACCGUGGCCGCCGACAGUGGCCGAAUGCGAGACGGCCGCGUUGUACGCGCACGGCGUUCGCGUGCUCGACGCCGUGGCCGGAUCAGUGGGCCAGCCCGACGUCGGACCGGACGUUCGGUACGAAGUGACGGCCACGGACGUGGCGGUUGGUCACCGCGAGCGGUACGGGUUCGCCGACGUCCAGUCCAGGCUGAACGGUAUUCUCACGACGGUAAAAACGGCGGACCUCGCCGUGACGGAAGAAGUGUACGAUAACGUUCGGGAUGCCCUGUGCCGGGCGCACGCCGAGCUGCAGAUGCGGACGCAGCGGUUGGCGCUUGCCCUGUUGGUCGACCAAGAACGGACUGCCGUGGAUCUGCUGACGCCGGCCGCGCUCAAGGCACACGCCGCGUACUUCGACCCGGUGGCGGCCAGCGCGCUCCAUCCUCACAAUAUUCGCAAGCUGUUUAGGACUAUACAAAUCUAUCUGGUGCAAGGCAAGCAAAAAAGUAAGCUGUUUGAGGAGCAAAGAACUCGGGUGAGCGGGUCCGAUGUACCAGUGGUUGCUUUGCGGUUCAAAGAAGUGCACAUGCUGUGGUUAACAUGCGAUGCGGACGUUUUGAACAAACGACUCGAAGAACGUACGGACGAGAUGGUUGAACGGGGAUUGAUCGACGAGCUUUGCCAGUUUAAAAACGAACUUUCCAAAAUCACUGGAACUGACAACUUCGAUUUGGACUUUACAAAAGGCGUGUUGCAGUGCAUCGGUCUGAAACAGUUCCAGCAGUACUUGGAGUUGCCGGUCGACGAUCGCGAUACCGAGGUUGGCCGCAAGUGUCUGGAGGAUGCGCUCAUCGCCAUGAAGUACAUGACCAAAAAGUACGCCAGGCGGCAGAUACGGUGGAUUAACAACCGUUUUCUCAAACCUAACGACAAACAGGCUGUCUCGGUGUACCGUCUGGACUGCACCGACCUCAACGAGUGGCAGCGACUGAGCGACCAAGCGGUGGAUUUAGCACAGGUUGUGUUAGGUAGAAAACCUCGCGGUCAACACACGCUGGAGCCAAUCGACAUCAGUGACCAGAAAAUCGUUUUGCCCGUGUAUGGUGACUAUUAUUGCGAAGACUGUUCCAGACCAUUUUCCAAUGACAUACAGUAUAACAUCCAUAUGGGUUCAAAGAAACAUGUUAAAGUGAUGAUGAAACGUAAACGAAAACUUCAGGAUACAAAUUUACACAAUGAGAAAAAAUUGUACACUCAUAGUAAAACAUAAGUUAAUUAAAUUAAAUUGUUACCCAUUAGUUGUAUUGUGAUUACAUUAUAAUUUAAUAAUUUAAUAUGUAGAUUUUUAAAUACAUUGAGGUAAUUCAAAGGACUGAAAAAUUGUAUGAUUUUUAGGUUUUUGAGAAAUGUUUAAACUAUGUAAGCACAGGGUUGAUGUUAAAAUAUUUGUUUUAUAAUGUUAAUGCUUAUGAUCAAGACUGAUUAUAGAUUUUAUUUAAAUAAACUAGCUGUUUUGUAAUGUUUUACCUAAUAUUUAAUGUUGUUAUAGUUGUUAUCAUUAUUUUACUAAUGGAUGAGUUAUUAAAUUCAGAGAUUGUAAACAUUACUAAUUUGUUUAAUGUUUCAAAAUCUUUUUUAAGUAUAUUUUAAAUGUAAUAAUGUAAAAUAAUAUUAUAUAAGUGAGAAACCAUUCA